CGUCCGUGUGUUGUGAGCUGCGCCCGUCAGGGCCCCGGCGUUUGCUCGACGGCUCCCUGCCCCGCCCGCCCCAGCUGUGCGUGGCAGACAGAUCGCACGCAGCCAGACGCAGACUCAGCCGCCAGCCCCCGAGCCCCGGGACGCUCCCGCCGGCCUCGAUAACCCGCUCCGCCGUCCGCCUUGCCAGGAGAAAACCAUGGGCAAAAUUCUCCUCCUGUGUCUGGCCGCUCUGACCUGCGCUGGGAUCGGAGCGGCCCUGCAGUGCCUGAUAUGCGACUUCACCGUGUUUGACAUCCCCUGCCACACCACCACUGUCACCUGCCAGGACGGGCAGCUCUGCGCUGUCAUCCGGGGCUGUGCAGCCGGCCGCAAGCUGAUCAUGAAGAAGGACUGCGUUGACAAGGGGAAAUGCAACACCAACGACACCUUGACCUGGGAGGGCUUCACCUACAGCACCUUCUACGAGUGCUGCGAGGGCGAAUUCUGCAACUCGGCCGCGGGCGCCGGGGCCCAGCUCUCCCUGGCUGCAGGGUUGGCCAUGCUGGGUGCCUGGCUCGCCCAGGCCCUCUAAUCCUGCUCUGAAGCCGGGAGGGAGAGAAAUAAUUGCUGCGGGAGGACAAAAAAAUAUCCAGCUAGCCAUUGCCUUUAAAUAGCUCCUCCCCCUUGCUUCUUAAAGGGGCACUUGGUGACCAGAGUGCAGAUCUGAUUGCUUUGCCUUUUUUUUGGAAUUGUUAUAACCCAGGGAUGUGGGGGAGGGAAAGGCCCUGAAGGGUGGGGAAGGGGUGGGGUCUGUCUGGAGAAGGGUGGGUGGAUUUCUUCUUUCACUCCACUAGAACGAGUGCUGAACUGGAGUCACUCCGGAUUGACACCGGGGUUACUGAGAUCAGAAUCCAGCCCUGACUUCACUGACUGCGUUGUGUUUUCCCGCUGCCCCCUGGAAUUAAGCCUGCUGGUCUGUGUACCAUAAACCCUAGACUUCUAACAGCUUAAGGAGAUAACUACCUUGCUCAGUUUAUACCCAGGGGUUGUAUCUCUGAACUCCCUGCCAGCAUGGGGGGUGUGUGUGUGUGUCAAAUUAUACAUCCGGCGGCGUGCCGGUUAGCUUUCACAGCCCAGCUCUAACGACGGGCUUUAAUCCACUUUGCUCAGCGUUGUAACGGCCUGGCUCCGAGGGAGAGCAGGGCCGGAUUAACGCAGGGGCUUAGCAGGGCUCAGGCAGGCUGCCUGCAUGCCGUGGCCCCACGCUGCUCCCGGAAAGCGGCCAGCUGCUCGAACUGGCCAAUGGGAGCCGUGGGGGAAGCACUUGCGGGGCGCGGGCGGUGCGCGGAGACACGCUGUCCCCAUCCCGUGCAGAGACGUGCCAGCAACCGGAGCCUGCACCUUACACCCCCCUCCUGCCCCCCAACCUCCUGCCCCAGCCUGGAGCCCCCUCCUGCACCCAAACUCCCUCCCAGAAAAGAAACUAAUAUAACAGCUAUUCUAAGAUAAGACGUGGGCUACGUUGAAUUAACGUAACUGUAUUCUACACGUUUUAAAACUGAAAUGUAACCACAGAGAACGACUUGAAGUUAAUUAAAAGGCAAGCUGAGUACAGCGUUAA